CUUUGCGUGUGAUUGGCAGCCGGGUCGGCCAGUGAGCCCGAGGCGGGGGCGGCCGCGGAUCAGAGCGCGAAACAUGGCUGGGGUGGGUGGCGGCGUUCGUGGCGGCGGCUACAAGAACGACGGCGAUGAGGGCGACGAGGGCGUGCUGCAGGCGGCCGUGCAGGUGUUCGCGAAGCUAAAGGAUCUCAAGUGCCCGGUCCUUGAGGGUCUUUAUAUCACAGAACCUACGACCAUUCAGGAACUGCUCUGUAGUCCCUCGAAGUACCGCUUGGAAAUCCUGGAGUGGAUAUGUGUUCGGGUCUGUCCGUCCUGGCAGGACAAGUUCAGCUCGCUAAAGGGGGCCCCGGUCGAGGUGAAGGUCCAAGAGAUGGUGAAACUUGGCCAUGAGCUGAUGCUGUGUGGGCUGGAUGACCAGGAGCUCGUGAAGGGCCGGGCCUGCGCCCAGAAGCAGUUGCACCUCCUGGACCAGCUGCUGGAUGCCGUCCGGAGCCUGACCGUCGGAUACUCCAGCUGCCCCAGUGUGAAGGAGCACUUAGAGGGCGCCCGAGAGAAGAACGAGGCGCUGCUGGGGGAGCUCUUCUCCGGCCCCCGCCUGCGGACACUCCUGAGCCCAGAGUGUGACCUGUGGCCCCUGGACAUGCAGCCCCUCCUUGACCAGCAGAGCACUGACUGGCCGAGGGCCGGCCCCCCUGUGCGGCCGGAGGAGGGGAAGGUGACAGAGCUGGCCGGAAAGUUGCGGGAGAGUGCUGCCAAGCUGCAGAUGCUCAGGGCAGAGUGCUUUGCACAGCACAAGCAGGGGGCUGUUGUGAGUGCGGCUGACCCCAGCACCCUGGACCAGAAGCUGCGCCUGGUCAUCUCGGACUUCCACCAGCUCGUCGUGGCUUUUCUUCAAGUCUAUGAUGACGAGCUGGGUGAGUGCUGCCCACGCCCGGGCCCCUACCUCCACCCGUGCGGCCCCAUCAUCCAGGCCGUGUACCAGACUCUGACGUCGUGCAGCCAACUGUUGAAAGCGGUCGUGGAGGUCACGGACACCUCCGCCAAAGCCGUGGAGAUGGCGAAGCGGCAGCAAGGCGAGCAGAUCUGUUGGGGCAGCAGCAACUCUGUCAUGAGUCUAGGGCACCCCCAAGAAGUACCUUAAGGUCACAGAGCUCUGAGCCCUCCCUCUGUGUGGACUUGCCAGCCAGCAAGCAGUCAGCUGCCUUGCCGCUCUUGGCAUGUGUAUACCGGGCACGCGCGGGUCUCUUCUUCCUGAUGGACCCGCCACAAGGUCAUCCAUUUUAAAAUUUGUCCUAACAUUUAUCCUAGUCACCACUGUCACUGUGACUCCCCCCGCCACUGUACAUAAUUGCUGUUAAUAAAAUGCCAUCGUUAAUGGAAUGAUGGUCCUUAGUGUCUUUCACAGGACUGCUGGAGGGCUAACCGUGACGUCUGAGCUGUGUGAACCCCUCUCUCCCCCUCCUUCUGUGGGGUGCCCCACAGGCUCACCCUUGAGAUCCUGGCCCCCUCGGUGGGUCUGGAGAGUGGGGAGGGAAAGCACGGCCCCUCCAGAUGUUGUUUGACAUGAGUUCUUGGGCCACAGACACACCAGGGAAGCAGUCCAUGCCGACUCCAUGCCAGGGCCAGUCGGAACGGCCUUCCCGCCUUCCCUGUGUCCCACCCGACCGAACCCAAGGCCUCGGCCUGUGGCCUCUUCAGGACCUUCAGGACCUGCAGCUGUGGGAGGUCUGCGUGUUGGUGGCCCUUCCCUCCCCAGGACAGGAGGCUGGGCGUCCUCUCUGUGUGUCAGUAGCCAGGCUCUGUUGGUAGCACAUCCCCACGUCGCAGUGGGGGGGCUGGGGGUGCCUGCUGGGCCCGUGUCCUGAGCCAUGCUGCUGCGUGUGUGGAGAGGGCCUUGGCGGCACAGACUGGGCUGCUCCUCUCAUCAUCGGUCACCAGUCGCCGUCUCUGCUGAGUGGCCCUGAAGCCCCGUCGCCUCUGUGGGGAGUGUGGGAGGGGAGUCGAUUGCACCAACUCGGAGAGCUGGAGAAGGCCACAGCCCAGGGGAGAAGAGUGGGGCCUGUCUGGUAGCGGGGCUGCUGUCCCAGGACCGUGUGGCCCGCAGCCCUGGGGGGCAGGGGGAGGGGGCGGUGGGGAGUGGGCCGGAAGCAGAGGGUGCGAGCAAGGCCAGUCUGUACAGAGUGCUGCCCCCAGUGAGACUCUUGCCUGUCCUUUCAUAAAGAAAUUGACUGAAAUAAAUGGCUAACCCAGGCUCCUGGCAUGGCUUCAGCAUCCCAACUGAAGCUCACUUUUUUCUGGUGCAAGUGUCCAUGACAUGAUGGCCAUGUCCAUUGCCUUGUCCCCCCACCCCGC